GGAAGUUGGUAGAUCCAGGCAUGUGGCCUGCUAGGAGCGCAUUUGGCUUUUCUUAGGGAUGGCUCUUGCUCACCCGAGCCUCACAAAGAUAAUCGCUCAGGAAGUGUUUCAGCCAAUCCGGGGCGGCUUUACACUCGGAUUUGCCGGGGCAGCCAAUCGGGGAUGAGCUUUUAUUAGGCGGCCAGAUCAUCAGCCGAAGUGCCAAACCCUUUUUCUGUGAGAACUAGGAGCCUGUCCUCCAUGUUUUAUAAGUAUUGACAUUACACAGUGUUAACAAUGCAUCCACAGAGCUUGGCUGAAGAGGAAAUAAAAACAGAACAGGAGGUGGUAGAGGGCAUGGAUAUCUCUACUCGCUCCAAAGAUCCUGGCUCUACAGAGAGAACGGCCCAGAAAAGAAAGUUACCCAGCCCUCCACAUUCUUCCAACGGCCACUCGCCACAGGAUGCGUCAGCAAGCCCCAUUAAAAAGAAAAAGAAACCCGGCUUACUGAACAACAAUAGCAAGGAGCAGGAUGGACGGAAUGAUUUCUACUGCUGGGUUUGUCACCGGGAAGGCCAAGUCCUUUGCUGUGAGCUCUGUCCCCGGGUUUAUCACGCUAAGUGUCUGAGACUGACAUCGGAACCAGAGGGGGACUGGUUUUGUCCUGAAUGUGAGAAAAUUACAGUAGCAGAAUGCAUCGAGACGCAGAGUAAAGCCAUGACGAUGCUCAACAUUGAACAGUUGUCUUACCUGCUCAAGUUUGCCAUUCAGAAAAUGAAACAGCCAGGGACAGAUGCAUUCCAGAAGCCCGUUCCAUUGGAACAGCAUCCUGACUAUGCGGAAUACAUUUUCCAUCCCAUGGACCUUUGUACAUUAGAAAAGAACGCUAAAAAGAAAAUGUAUGGCUGCACAGAAGCCUUCCUGGCGGAUGCAAAGUGGAUUUUGCACAACUGCAUCAUUUAUAACGGGGGAAAUCACAAAUUGACGCAAAUAGCGAAAGUAGUCAUCAAAAUCUGUGAACAUGAGAUGAACGAAAUCGAAGUAUGUCCAGAAUGUUAUCUAGCUGCUUGCCAAAAACGAGAUAACUGGUUUUGUGAGCCUUGUAGCAAUCCACAUCCUUUGGUCUGGGCAAAACUGAAGGGGUUUCCAUUCUGGCCUGCAAAAGCUCUGAGGGAUAAAGAUGGGCAGGUCGAUGCCCGUUUCUUUGGACAACACGACAGGGCCUGGGUUCCAAUAAAUAAUUGCUACCUCAUGUCUAAAGAAAUUCCUUUUUCUGUGAAAAAGACGAAAAGCAUUUUCAACAGCGCCAUGCAAGAGAUGGAGGUUUACGUGGAGAACAUCCGCAGGAAGUUUGGGGUUUUUAAUUACUCUCCGUUCAGGACGCCCUACACGCCCAAUAGCCAGUACCAAAUGCUGCUUGACCCCACCAACCCCAGCGCCGGCACUGCCAAGAUAGACAAGCAGGAGAAGAUCAAGCUCAACUUUGACAUGACGGCGUCCCCCAAGAUCCUGAUGGGCAAACCCAUGCUGAGUGGGGGCACGGGCCGCCGGAUUUCGCUGUCGGAUAUGCCGCGCUCCCCCAUGAGCACAAACUCUUCCGUGCACACGGGCUCCGAUGUGGAGCAGGACACCGAGAAGAAGGCCACAUCGAGCCACUUCAGCGCGAGCGAGGAGUCCAUGGACUUCCUCGAUAAGAGCACAGCUUCACCAACCUCUACAAAGACAGGACAAGCGGGGAGUCUCUCUGACAGCCCGAAACCUUUCUCUCCUCAACCGUCAACUCCAAUCACAACGAAAACGGACAAAACAUCCACCACUGGAAGCAUCCUGAAUCUUAACCUGGAUCGCAGCAAGGCGGAGAUGGACCUGAAGGAGCUGAGCGAGUCCGUGCAGCAAUCCGCGCCGGUCCCCCUCAUCUCGCCCAAGCGGCAGAUUCGCAGCAGGUUCCAGCUCAACCUGGACAAGACCAUAGAGAGUUGCAAAGCACAAUUAGGCAUCAAUGAAAUCUCGGAAGAUGUUUACACGGCCGUGGAGCACAGCGAUUCCGAGGAUUCCGAGAAGUCAGACAGUAGCGACAGUGAGUAUAUCAGUGACGAUGAGCAGAAGCCCAAGAAUGAGCCAGAAGACACAGAAGACAAAGAGGGAAGUCGGGGGGACAAAGACCCAUCUGCUGUCAAAAAAAAACCCAAACUGGCAAACCCAGUGGAGAUCAAAGAGGAGGCGAAAAGCAUGUCGCCGACCAGCGAGCAAGUAGAUCCCGGAGCAGCCAAGGACAAGGCCAGCCCUGAGCCCGAGAAGGAUUUUUCAGAAAAAGCAAAACCGUCGCCUCAUCCCACGAAGGAUAAAUUGAAGGGAAAAGAUGAGAUGGAUUCCCCAACGGUACAUUUGGGCCUGGACUCCGAUUCGGAGAGUGAACUUGUCAUAGAUUUAGGAGAAGACCAUUCUGGGCGGGAGGGUCGAAAAAAUAAGAAGGAACCCAAAGAACCAUCUCCCAAGCAGGAUGUUGUAGGUAAAGCUGCGCCAUCCAUGACAGCGGGCAGCCAGUCUCCCCCGGAAACGCCGGUGCUCACCCGCUCUUCCUCCCAAGCUCCCGCCGCUGGUGUCACGGCCACCACCAGCUCGACAUCUGCCGUCACGGUCACGGCCCCGGCCCCGGCCCCGGCUCCCGCCGCCACAGGAAGCCCAGUGAAAAAGCAGAGGCCGCUUUUACCGAAGGAGACUGCCCCGGCCGUGCAGCGGGUCGUGUGGAACUCAUCAACGGUCCAGCAGAAGGAGAUCACACAGAGCCCCUCCACCUCCACCAUCACCCUGGUGACCAGCACACAGUCGUCACCCCUGGUCACCAGCUCGGGAUCCACGAGCACCCUCGCGUCUUCAAUCAGCGCUGACCUGCCCAUCGCCACCGCCUCCGCCGAUGUCGCCGCGGACAUCGCCAAGUACACUAGCAAAAUGAUGGACGCAAUAAAAGGAACGAUGACAGAGAUAUACAACGAUCUUUCUAAGAACACUACCGGAAGCACCAUAGCCGAGAUUCGCAGGCUGAGGAUUGAGAUAGAGAAGCUUCAGUGGCUGCACCAGCAGGAGCUCUCCGAGAUGAAACACAACUUGGAGCUGACCAUGGCGGAGAUGCGGCAGAGCCUGGAGCAGGAGCGGGACCGGCUUAUCGCCGAGGUGAAGAAGCAGCUGGAGCUGGAGAAGCAGCAGGCGGUGGACGAGACCAAGAAGAAGCAGUGGUGUGCCAACUGCAAGAAGGAGGCCAUCUUUUACUGCUGCUGGAACACCAGCUACUGCGACUACCCCUGCCAGCAGGCCCACUGGCCUGAGCAUAUGAAGUCCUGCACCCAGUCAGCGACCGCCCCUCAGCAGGAAGCGGAUACCGAGGUGAACACGGAAACAGUGAACAAGUCUUCCCAGGGCAGCUCCUCUAGCACCCAGUCUGCGCCUUCGGAAACAGCCAGCGCCUCGAAAGAGAAGGAGACGUCAGCUGAGAAAAGCAAGGACAGUGGCUCGACCCUCGACCUUUCUGGCUCCAGAGAGACGCCCUCCUCCAUGCUCUUAGGCUCCAACCAAGGCUCUGUUAGCAAAAGGUGUGACAAGCAACCUGCCUAUGCCCCAACCACCACAGACCACCAGCCGCACCCCAACUACCCAGCCCAGAAGUACCAUUCCCGGAGUAGCAAAUCCAGCUGGAGCAGCAGCGAUGAGAAGCGAGCGUCGGCACGUUCCGAGCACAACACCAGUAGUACCAAGAGUCUCUUGCCGAAAGAGUCUCGGCUGGACACCUUCUGGGACUAGGGGCAAAUUGUGACCCAAACUGCCUACCCUAUGGGGAGAACACCCAGACACCAGGAAAAUAAGAAACAGCAAAGACAGGAGAACAGCCACCUUCAGACUUGAGAAUUCUGAACAUUCAGGCUUGGCCUGUGCCCCCGGCACAAGGGGCAGCCCACACUACAGGACGUCCGGCAUCAGCCUGACUGAGGACUGUUCAACACACGUGAGCUCUGUGCUCGCGAUGUAAAUAAUGUACAAUUUGUGGAUGUCACUAAACCUAGAGUACCUUCCCCCUUUUAUAUUUGUAUUGACUUUAACUUAU